AUGGAGGCCCAAAGACGCACCAACGAUUUCGAUGGCAUCCUUGCCCUUGCUCCUGCCAUCAACUGGGAUGAGUUUAUGACUAUGGGCCUGUACCUAUAUAUGGUCAUAACCUUGGAGGGAGGUAUUGUCCCGGCUUGCGUCUUUAAUACCUUCAAAGAGUAUACCAUCGCAUUCUGCAACGCCAACGAUGGAGCUGCAGAUAGCGUCUUAUCUGAUCCUCAAAGUUGCAAAUUUGAUGCAAAGAGCGCAGUCAUGAAUCCGCAAAUUGCAACGGCAACUCCCACCCCGCCGCAAGAAUCUGCAACCUAA